AUGAUGCUGGUAGCCUCACACAUGAAGCUGGUUGCCUCAGACAUGAUGCUGGUUGCCUCAGACAUGAUGCUGGUUAACUCAGACAUGAUGCUGUUUGCCUCAGACAUGGUGCUGGUAGACUCAGACAUGAUGCUGGUUGCAACAGACAUGGUGCUGGUUGCAACAGACAUGAUGCUGGUAGCCUCAGAUGAUGCUGGUAGCCUCAGACAUGAUGCUGGUUGCCUCAGACAUGAUGCUGGUAGCCUCAGACAUGAUGCUGGUUGCCUCAGACAUGAUGCUGGUUGCCUCAGACAUGAUGCUGGUUGCCUCAGACAUGAUGCUGGUUGCCUCAGACAUGAUGCUGUUUGCCACAGACAUGAUGCUGGUAGACUCAGACAUGAUGCUGGUUGCAACAGACAUGGUGCUGGUUGCAACAGACAUGGUGCUGGUUGCCUCAGACAUGAUGCUGGUAGCCUCAGACUUGAUGCUGGUUACCUCAGACAUGAUGCUGGUAGCCUCAGACAUGAUGCUGGUUGCCUCAGAUAUGAUGCUGUUUGCCUUAGACAUGAUGCUGGUAGCCUGA